AUGGAGCUAUUCAGGCAAAUAGGGGAAGUUUUAGGAAGCAUGAAGGCCUUAAUGAUAUUGGAAGACGAUGUUCAGAUAAACAGAAGCCAGUGCAGUUUGUUGUUUGACAUGUUUAAUUUAGCCUUUGAAACAUUAUCAGAAGAGAUUAAGCUGAACCUUAGAUUAGAAGAGAAGAACACGAAAUGGAAAGCGUUACAUCAACCUUUAAAGGAGCUUUAUAGAGUAUUUAAAGAAGCAGAAUCGUAUGUGAAACAAUGCAUGGAUUGUUCUAAGGAUUGGUGGGUUAAGGCCCUGCACUUUCAUAACAAUCGAGAUGCUGUUGAAUUUCAUGCGCAUAACUUGCUUUGCUACUUUGCAAUUGUUGUUGAGGCGAUUGAAACAGCAGGGGAAAUAUCAGGGCUCGACUUAGAUGAGAUGAAGAAGAAGAGGAUCAUGUUGUCUAAUAAGUAUGAUAUGACAUGGAAUGAUCCAAAACUUUUCCUUUGGAAAUAUGGGAAACAAUAUCUAAUUUCCCAAGAUAUUUUGCACAGGAUGUGUAAUGUUUGGAAAGAGGAUCAGUGGCUUUUGCUCGAAAUGAUUAAGGAGAAGAAGGUUUCACCUUCUUUCACUAUGAGUAAACAAGAUCAACGGCUCAGUGACUUGCUUAUGAAGAAGAUGAAUGGGGAACAAUCGCUCUUUCAUAGCUCUAUUUUAACUGGAGCAAAGGAUUAUCAUGUGAGAAGGCGCAUAUGUGUAGGAAUGCAGAUUAAAGAGAUACAUUGGUUAGGGGAGAGUUUUAUUCUGAGACACUUUUUUGGGGAGCCUUCCAAAAUAAAUUCAGAGAUUUCUUUUCUGCUCUCUCUUUCCCACCCCAAUGUAGUCCAGUAUCUUUGUGGAUUCCACGACGAGGAAAAAAAGGAGUAUUUCCUUGUGAUGGAGGUGAUGAGCAAGGAUCUUAAAAGCCAUAUAAAAGAGGUUUCUAGUUCAAAAAGGCGGAUGCCUUUUUCUUUCCCAGCUGCAGUUGAUAUCAUGCUUCAGAUUGCGAGAGGCAUGGAAUACCUACACUCUAAGAAGAUUUAUCAUGGAGAUCUGAACCCUUCAAAUGUUGUUAUCAAGCCUAGAAAUUCAUCUUCGGAUGGUUACUUUCAUGCAAAAAUCUCUGGUGUUGGUUUGAAGGAUGUUAAAACUGUGCCUGCUAGAGUCCCCCCACCAAACCAAAAUGAAGUUUUUACUUUUAUUUGGCAUGCCCCUGAGGUACUGACUGAACAAGAAAGGCCAGGGAGUAGUGGCAAAUACAAGUACUCUGAGAAAGCCGAUGUUUAUAGCUUUGGGAUGCUUUGUUUUGAGCUUUUGACAGGGAAAGUUCCUUUCGAAGAUGGCCACCUUCAAGGAGAUAAGAUGAGUAGAAAUAUAAAGGCAGGAGAACGGCCUUUAUUCCCAUUUGCUUUGCCUAAGUAUCUUGCAAAUUUGACCAGAAGGUGCUGGCAAACAGAUCCAAAUCUGAGACCAGGUUUCUUAUCAAUUUGUAGGAUACUACGUUAUGUCAAGAAGUUGAUUGUGAUGAACCCUCAUCUAGCAGAACCUGAGAUUCCAUCAAUAGUUCAAGUAGAUUUUUGUGAUAUAGAAGCCGGGUUCAUGAAGAAGUUCCCAUCCGAGGCUAGUGCUGCAGUAACUCCUGUUUCACUGAUUCCAUUUCAGUUGUUUUCUUACAGAAUAGCAGAGAAAGAGAAGCUCAAUGGGAUCAGUAGAGACAAGAGCUGGGAUUCACAUAGUGAGGUGGUUAUUGGAUCUCCUAUGGAUGAGAUUGACAAUGUAUUAGAAGACUCAUUAUCACCAGCCCACGACACGCAGUCAUUGUGCUUAGAGAUUCCUGAGAAGAGACUCUCAGUUCUAAGGAGGGUCAAUGGCAUAACCACAGACGACCAGUUCUUGAAAACACAUGAUAAAAGGUCCGUGUCUGUGGAAACCCCGGAUUUGAAAGUUUCACGUUUAAGGAAAGCAAACAGCUUAGCAGCAGGUCGCUCAUCUUUAGUUGCACAACAUGCAAGGUCAGUCUGCACAAAUAUUCCUGCAAAGAAACGGCCUUCUCCUUUGAAAAGUGAAACAAGACCGGCAUGUACUGAGAGCUCGGAAAAGAAAGUCCCAGAUAAGAAGGUUCCAUUUCUGAGAAAAACUAGUGUCAGAACGACCAAAGAUCCAGAGUUUUACACUGAACCAAAUGCAUGUUCUGCAGGGAAAGCAAAGGGUAAAGUGAAUGUGAAUGGACCUUCAUCUCUAAGUUCGCGUGGUCAUAAUGCAAGGAUUUCUGCAGACAAGCACUACCAAUCACAACCUCUACCACAGAAGCCGAAUAGGAGUAAACACAAACAAGCUGGUUAUUCACCUGGUCACUCAAGUUUUUAG